AUGAAAAUAGGAAGACUGGGAGUGAGAAAACUCAUGGGUCAAGCUCUACUUCAAGUUACAAUUUCACUUAGCAAAGUUGAGCUCAGUGUGGGUGAAUCCAAGUUCUUCACAUGCACAGCCAUUGGUGAGCCUGACAACAUAGAUUGGUACAAUCCACAAGGAGAGAAGAUUGUUUCUAGUCAAAGAGUGGUUGUUCAGAAAGAAGGUGUUCGAUCACGUCUAACCAUUUAUAAUGCAGAUAUAGAAGAUGCUGGUAUAUAUCGGUGUCAAGCAACCGAUACUAAAGGACAAACUCAAGAAGCUACAGUUGUUUUAGAAAUUUAUCAAAAGCUCACUUUCCGAGACAUAGUAUCUCCACAAGAGUUCAGGCAGGGAGAAGAUGCAGAAGUUGUUUGCCGUGUUACUAGUUCACCUGCUCCCAUUGUCAGCUGGUUGUAUCGGAAUGAGGAAGUCACAACUAUUGCUGACAAUCGAUUUGCAGUAUUAGCAAACAAUAAUCUCCAAAUCCUUAACAUCAAUAAAAGUGAUGAAGGAGUAUACAGAUGUGAAGGAAGAGUGGAAGCCAGAGGAGAAAUUGACUUUCGGGACAUAAUUGUUAUUGUGAAUGUUCCCCCUGCAAUUACUCUGCUACAGAAAUCCUUUAAUGCCACUGCAGAUCGAGGAGAAGCAAUAACUUUGUUCUGCAGAGCCACUGGAUCACCUCCACCUGAAAUCAGUUGGUAUAGGAACGGUAAACUUAUUGAAGAAAAUGAAAAAUAUAUGCUGAGAGGAAGCAAUACAGAACUAACAAUAAGUGAUAUAAAAAAUAUUGAUGCAGGUACUUAUACCUGUAAUGCUAAAAACAAAGCAGGAAAUGAUAAAAAACAGACAUACCUUCAAGUUUUUGUACAGCCUCAAAUAAUACAACUUAAAAAUGAAACCACAUUUGAGAAUGGGAAAGCCACCCUCAUCUGUGAAGCAGAAGGAGAACCUAUCCCAGAGAUUACUUGGAAAAGGGCCAUUGAUGGGAUAACUUUCUCUGAAGGUGACAAGAGCCCAGAUGGCCGUAUAGAAGUCAAAGGGCAGCAUGGAAAAUCGUCACUGCAUAUUAAAGAUGUGAAGUUGUCAGAUUCAGGGAGAUAUGACUGUGAAGCUGCAAGUAGAAUUGGUGGGCACCAAAAGACCAUGUACCUUGAUAUUGAAUAUGCUCCAAUGUUUGUGUCAAAUCAAACCAUGUAUUACUCUUGGGAAGGCAAUCCCAUCAAUAUAAGCUGUGAAGUGUUAGCAAAUCCAUCUGCCUCAGUUCAGUGGAGAAGAGGAAAAUUAGUUUUACCGGUAAAAAAUACAACACAUCUGAAGACCUACAGUGCAGGGAGAAAGCUUAUUCUAGAGAUUGGUCCCACAUCUGACAGUGAUUUUGGACGGUAUAAUUGUACAGCCACAAACAGAAUAGGAACGAGAUAUCAGGAGUAUACACUUGGUCAAGCUGAUGUGCCAUCAAAUCCUUAUGGAGUACGAGUUUUAGAGUUGUCACAAACCACUGCCAAGGUUUUGUUCAAUAAGCCAGAUUCACAUGGAGGUGUGCCCAUUCAUCAUUACCAAGUGGAUGUAAAAGAGGUAGCCUCAGAAACCUGGAAAAUAGUUCGCUCCCAUGGAGUUCAAACAAUGGUUGUUCUCAGCAAUUUGGAACCAAAUACAACAUAUGAAAUCAAAGUAGCUGCUGUAAAUGGAAAAGGGCAAGGAGAGUAUAGCAAAAUUGAGAUCUUUCAGACCUUACCUGUCCGCGAGCCAAGCCCCCCUUCAAUUCAUGGACAACCAGGAAGUGGGAAGAGUUUUAAAAUUAGCAUAACUAAACAAGAUGAUGGAGGUGCCCCCAUUUUGGAAUAUAUUGUCAAAUACAGAAGUAAAGACAAGGAAGACCAGUGGCUAGAGAAAAAAGUACAGGGUAGUAGAGACCACAUCAUCUUAGAGCAUCUUCAGUGGACUAUGGGUUAUGAAGUACAAAUUACAGCUGCCAACAGACUGGGUUAUUCUGAACCAACAUUAUAUGAAUUCAGCAUGCCACCAAAGCCUAACAUUAUUACAGACACUCUUUUUAAUGGUCUUGGACUUGGUGCUGUCAUUGGCCUGGGAGUGGCAGCCCUUUUAUUAAUCCUGAUUGUGACUGAUGUUAGCUGCUUCUUUGUACGACAAUGUGGAUUACUAAUGUGCAUCACCAGGAGGAUCUGUGGUAAAAAGAGUGGUUCAAGUGGAAAAAGUAAAGAACUGGAAGAAGGAAAGGCUGCUUACUUGAAAGACGGAUCAAAAGAGCCAAUAGUGGAAAUGAGAACAGAGGAUGAAAGAAUUACUAAUCAUGAAGAUGGGAGUCCAGUAAAUGAGCCAAAUGAGACAACUCCCCUCACAGAACCAGAGAAGCUGCCACUAAAGGAUGAAAAUGGGAAAGAAGCUUUAAAUCCAGAAACCAUAGAAAUCAAAGUUGCUAAUGACAUCAUCCAGUCAAAAGAAGAUGAUAGCAAAGCAUAAUAAGAUAAACUACAGCUGUCUGGAUAAUGCAUUUGGAUUAAGUAACCCUGUGACCAAAACUUUACAGCUGACCUUAAUUCCUUGGGAAACUUAAGCUUGGAAUAGUUAGUACAUGUGUACAUAUGAUGAAACAGUUUCUGUCUACAGUUCCUUUCUAUUUUUUUGUUCAUGGUUUUAGUAUGCAGUUUUGCUGAUACCA